AUGGGCAACUCUAAUUAUCUGCAAAAGAUCACCGAUAUUAAUAUUGCAAAAUACACCGAAGAUAAUUGGGAAUCUUUAAGACACGAAUGGGAACAUUACGCUAAAAGAGAUACGUUAUGUCUUGGAGCUUGUUUGAUAAAAUAUAACAAAGUUAUGAAAGAAGUUGUAUUCCAGAAUAUUUCCAAUAAUCUAACGGAUCCUUCUUUAUCUUUAAAGGGUUGGUAUUAUUUAUAUCAUUACAGUAAAGAAAUGGUAGAAGAAGAAUGGAGUGAAACACCAAGUGAUAAUAUAAUUGAUUUAUUUAAAGAAUAUAGUAAAAGUAAAAAAGAUAAAACGGAAGUUAAUUCAAAACUUAAAAAAAUAAAAUGUACUAAAUUAAUGGCCUUUGAUGCUAACGGUUUGUACGCUUCCGCCAUGUCGGAUUUAGAUAGCGAAUAUCCAAAAGCGGAAAGUGGUAGACCGUUUCUACCGAAAGAAAAUAAAGAAUUUGUUAAGCUCUUUAAUGAGCAGAAAUUCAGACCUAGAACGGCUAUUUUAAAAGUCUGGUUUGAAUAUCCUACCAAGAUGUUCUUCCAACUCAUACCAGCUAAAGAUAAAAUUAUUUUUACGAACAAAGAAGGUAAUAAGGAGACUGGCACUAAAAGUGGUUUCUGUUCAGAAGUUUUAACAUCGGUCGAUAUUCAAGAAAUAGUUAAAGCCGAUGGACGAAUUAUUAAAAUAUUAGAUGGUAGUAUACGAAGAAAAUUCCACCAUAUAGAGAUUAUAUUUUAA